GAUAAGGACAAGAAGGGCAUGGCUCUCAAAACCCCCCACAGACUCAACAAAGCUACUGGUAAGGAAAGCAGCGCUCAGCUAGCCUUUUCUGAGUCGAACUGGGGAUCGUUCACUCGAGACUAUUACCUGUCCAUUCUGAGGCGUGGCCCGAAAUAUACAGCAGACACAAUUAUUAUGGCACAU